CAAACUGCACAUGAAAGCAUCGUGCUUUGCAUCACGACAUUUCGUACAGUGGUAUUAUUGCUCUUGUCUGUUGUCUUCGUGUUUGUAGCAAACGCUAACCACCGUUCAAAUCAUAGGAAAAAUGCUAGUUUUUCUAUUCGCCUAAAAUUUGCGCUCUCCUUAAACGUUUCCUAGCUCAUCUUUAUAAGAUUUCGAUUCAGGUACGUCGUUACCAUAAAACUAGCUAGCUUGCUAGCCAGUCGUGAAAAAAAAUGAAUUCCAGCACGCACGUCGUUCAGGUGACGAAUGUCUCCCCGAGCACAACGUCCGAGCAAAUGAGGACUCUGUUUGGAUUUCUCGGAACCAUAGAGGAGCUCAAACUAUUUCCACCUGAUGACUCUCCCUUGCCUGUGACUUCACGUGUCUGUUUUGUAAAGUUCCUUGAGGCCGAGUCAGUUGGAGUUUCACAACACCUGACAAACACCGUCUUCGUGGACAGAGCCUUGAUUGUGGUCCCUUUUGCUGAAGGAGUCAUUCCUGAUGAGUCUAAAGCUAUGUCGCUGCUGGCUCCAGCCAAUGCCGUGGCAGGAAUGAUGCCUGGUGGAGGCCUUCUCCCAACACCCAACCCUCUAGCAUCAAUGGGAGGGACACCAUUCGGAGGCCUUGGAGCUCCUAACAUGGAGCAGAUGGCUGCCAUGGGACUUUCAGGAGCUAACAUGAGCCCCCAGGCUCUUUCUGCAGACUUCCUGAAGCUCAUGCAGUCCAUAGACCCUAAAUUGAAUCCAUUAGCGGCCGGACUGAAUUUGAAUCCAGGACUGAAAACUGAUGCCUCCAAUAAGGAAAUUGAGGAGGCCAUGAAGAGAGUCAGAGAGGCACAGUCUCUCAUUUCUGCAGCCAUUGAACCAGGAAGUAAGAAGGAUGACAAGCGCAAACAUUCCCGCUCCCGUUCGCGGUCACGGCGCAGACGGUCCAGAUCUCGCUCAAGACAUAGAAGUUCAAAGAGCAGGUCUCGGCGAAGGUCCCAUUCGAGGAGUCGGAGGAGGUCCAAGAGCCCGCGGAGGAGGAGGUCCCACUCCCGGGAUAGAAGCCGCCGCAGUAGAUCUAGGGACAGGAGAAAGGAGGAAAAGUCUAAGAAAAAGUCCAAGACACCUCCCAAGAGCUACAGCAGCGCGAGGAGGUCUCGCAGCAUCAGUCGGAGGCACAGGCGAAGUCGCAGUGCAUCUCGGUCCCCACGGAGGAGGCUGUCCAGGUCUCCUUCACCCAGACGCCACAAGAAAGAGAAGAAGAAGGACAAGGAUCGCGAGAAGGACCGUGAGCGAGACAGAAGGGACGACAGGGACCGGAGCAGGGAUGAACGAGAACGCUCCAGCAGUAAGAAGAAGAAGAGCAAAGACAAAGAGCGAGAUCGCGACCGCAAGUCUGAUAGUGAAAAAGGAGAUGUCAAGGUGACCCGGGAUUACGAUGAAGAGGAGCAAGGUUAUGACAGUGAAAAGGAAGGCGAGGAGGAUGAUGAUGAGAGGAAAAGCGACUCUGACUCUGCAUCAUCCCCCAAAGGCCAGGAGGAGAUGGAGAGAUCAGAAGGCCAAAUGCUCAAAAAGUCCAAACUGAAUGGAGAUGAUCACCAUCAGGAGGACAUGGAGAUGAGUGACUAAGAACAAACCAGACCGUUACCUUUCCACUGUCUUUUUAUAUUUUUAAUGUAGGCCAUGUCUGUGCCUGAUCAAAGUUAAAAAAAAAAAAAAAAGUCUUAACUGUAGAAGCAUUGGGGAAGGGUGUAGAAGGAAACCAGUCAAGUCACUUCUGUAAAGCAAAAACGAGACUAAAACAUGAAAAACAUGACAUAGUUUUAAAUUGUCAGUGCUGUACUUGUUUAAAGAUCCUGUUUUUGUUACCUUUGUGUUCCUACUUCGUCUUCCUGACAAUAGAAUACACAGCACACUUGAGUGCUGUGAAUGUUUAACGAGUCAGGGUCGAGUUCUUUCCUCUCACGCACCGUUCAAUACUUUUUGCUUCAACUGUAGUUGACUCGGCCGACUUUCAUAUUUACAACUGUCAUUAGUGUACACUGUAGAUUGAAAUGUGUUGUUACAGUACUUUGUCUGCAGUAGGUUUUCCAAAGGAAACCAAUAAAACUUGGUAACACUGUC